AGCAAAAUGUCAGAACUCAAAGGGAUAUGUAUUUUCUUCGCACUAACACUUUUACUAAGCUUAUCAGUUGGAGGAUCCCUUAACACAGACCAGAAAUGGUAUGCUGGAAAUCAUUUUGGUUACCAGGGCGGGUUUUGUCUUCCCGGUCUGUGCAUUGGAGGAUCUGGUGGUAGCAGAGUCCACUUCGGCAGGGACAAUUACGGUGGUGGAUAUAGACAGGCCUUGUAUUGCAAACCGCUAACAUGUUAUGGUGGCUCAUGUGAUGCACUCCAUUUACAUUUAGACAAGGGACUGUAUGAAUCUCUCGUAAGCAAGAAUGCCGAAAAACUCCCAUCAACUGUUGGUUUCAACAUCCCAGGGUCCUCCAAACAAAAUGUCAACAGAAACUAUGAGUUCAAGGAGGUAAAAGAAGCUGCAAUGGCACCACAGUCUAACUAGAUAGCUAAUGAAGCUUAGUCUAUAUUGUAUAGUUUGUAUAAAUAAAUUAACAUCCUAUUUAUCUCAUCAUACUGAGUUGUUAUCACACGAUUAUAGUAAUAAUGUAAAAAAGGCAACUGAACUAGUGAGUAACUUAUUAAGUACAUAAUACUCGAAAUAAGAAAUAAAAAUAGACGCUCCGUACGUUAUCUAGAUUCACUCUCAUCGCAGUUUAAUAUAAUGAUA